GCUACUGUGCCGGUUGCGGCCGCCCGCCGCCGACCGCAGAGGCGCAGAUUACCACAGACAGAUUGAAAACAGAUAUCGGCAAGAUGCCGUUUAUGAGAGGCAAGGAGCCUGUGCGGCGAACAGUGAAAUAUUUAAUGGCUGGCAAAUUAAUUUUGAAGGAUAAGAUACAAAUAAUGUCCUUCAAUUACAACACACAUGGCGGACAUCACAAAGGCACUAGAGACUUCGUGUUUUGGCAUCUACCGCAACUACAAUAUAAAAAUCCAAACGUGCAAAUAAUUACCUUUAGGAACAUUACCCCAUCGCCAUUCAUAAAAUGUUACUACGAAGAUGGUAAGACGAUGCUAAUAGACGCAGACAGCAAAUCAAAGGACGAGAUACUUGAUCAUCUCGUGAGAGUAGUGGGAAAACCGUUGGACAUAAUAAAAAAGGAAACUGUAGCUCAAGAAAAGAAGGAUAAUCCAGCAAAUUUCGGAGUUGGUUGCGACAGGAGUUGUAUAUGUCAUAUCCCAGGACAAGUGCCAUGUCCCGGUAUAGUACCGUUGCCGAAUUACAUGCGUGGAAAGAAAAUAGUGGAAAAAUUACUGAAUCAAGACUAGACAAACUGUUAUUAAAAAUUCUUAUUAUACUUUGUAUUAUAAUUGUAUUACAUACACAUAUACGUAUGAAUGUAUAUCCUUGUCUAUAUCCAAAAGUAUGAACAAUGGAAGUAACAUGUACACUUUACAUCUUAUUCCAAAGCAUAUCACGUUUACUAUAAAAAAGAUUUCCAUAUAUUACGAAAAUACACGUACAUUGACGUACAUAUUGAGAGCGUUACAUCGCGGACGAUUUCAAACAGUCGUAGCUCUAAUGUUUCUUGUAUUCUUGGUGACAAUGAGGAACAUCGAGAGAAAUAUAUAUUGGAACUUUUACAGAUAAAUAGAAACAUAAAUGUUGCUCUAUGUCCUCUUGGUGAAUACAUAGUUUUACAAUACGAAAAUACAUAUAAAAUUUCUUUAUACACACAAAAUUUUA